AGCAAAUAUGUUGUAAGUAAAAUAUUCCGUAUCCUUCACUUUCUCCCUCUCUCUUUCUCUUUCUUUUUCUGAUCUGGGAAAAGAUGGUACAGUUUAAAUUCCAGUUGUUUAAAUUUGAUGGUAUUUGUCAAACUGUAGCGUUAACACUAUGCCCUUUAAUGGGAAAAUUUGAUGGUAUUGAACCCAUGUGUUACUCCAGAAAUGUGGAAUUUGCCGGAUUACUGGUAUUUCAACCUGCGACUUUGAUGAUGGAUUUAGGAGCGCUUUGUAUGACGAGUGUCAUGAUUUAUCACGUCAAGACGAAAUAUACCGCGGUUGGUAGAAAAGAAAUCGCCAUGUUUUUUCAAUUAUAUUUGGUGACUAUAUUUCUGGAAAUGUUAUUGGUCACCAACAUCAUUCCGACCGCCUCCAUCUUAUAUCCCUUUUUCACGGCAGCACAUCUGGGACUACUUAGCGCAUGUUUUUGGUGCUUAAUGCUGAAUGGGUUUGUCGGAUUUCAAUUUGCAGAAGAUGGCACGCCGAUCAGUUUAUGGUCUAUUCGGAUCACAUCGUUUUUGGUAUUCUUCAUUGUUGGGUUUAUUGCCAUGGCGACAUUUAGUAAUUUAGGGCCAUUUAGUUAUACAUCGCCGGGCGCUUUAUGGAUUAUCUUCUUUUUGGUGAAUGGCUCUAUGUUUUUGGUCUAUACGGUGUCUCAAAUCAUUUUAGUCGCUUAUACGCUGGACGACCGAUGGCCAUUGGGUGAUAUUGCAUUUGGAACCAUCUUUUUCGUGUCAGGCCUUGUCGUCAUGUUUAUUUUCUCCGUCGCACUUUGCGAGCAAGUCAAGCAUUAUUUCGACGGCCUAUUUUUUGGAAGCAUGUUUAAUCUAUUAGCCGUCAUGAUGAUUUACAAGUAUUGGGACUCCAUCACCAAGGAGGAUCUUGAGUUCUCCAUUGAUUCCAAACACCAGGCUUGGGAAAUACAGGCCUUGUUAAAGGAAGACGAGGAAGUGGUGUGUCAUUAGAUCGUGCGUGUGUGUGUGUGGGUUCCGUGUAACUUUAUCUGUCCAAUCACAUCAUUGCAUUAUUUGACACACACAUAUAUAAACAGGCAAGAAAAAACCCAAAUCAUUCCCUUUUUUUUCUUU